AUGACUGUGCCUGCAGAGAUGACCAUCAUCUUCGAUUCGGGCAUCCGCACGGGAGCGGAUGUCUUUAAGGCGAUCGCUCUCGGUGCGCACGUCGUCAUGAUCGGCCGCCUGUUCGUGUGGGGCAUGUCGCACGAAGGCGUGCACGGGUGCAGGCACGUCAUCAAGAGUCUUCUCGCCGACCUGGAUAUCCUUAUGACCGUCGCGGGAUACCGCUCGAUCACCGAGGACGUCUAUAAGAACAAGGAGGCCUUGCGAUACUCCCCGAGCGGCGUGCCUCCGGGUCCGGCUGAGCAUGCGAGAUUGUAA